GACUAGGGGAGAUUAUGUGUUCGGCACGGACUAGAAGGGUCGAUAUGGCCUGUUUUCAUGCUGUAAUUGUUAUAUGGUUAAUAGCUCCUUUAGCUCUGAGCAGUAUCCAUAAUGAUGCAGUGAGUAUAACAUUCCUUGGACAUUCAGAUUGUUCCGCUUAUGUUUAUACAAAAUACGCAGUCAUUCUUUUCUGAAAAGAAUACGGAAAACAUGAUAAUGUGGAAGUAAAAAGGGGAAGACCGUAUACUUUUUGUGAACAACAUCUUGCAAGUUGCUAUUAGUAUUGAUUUAAGCAAUUGUGGAUUUUUUUUAUGUCCCAGAUUACUUAAAUGUUGAAAAAAACCCCACUGCAGAUGUUGAAAAUCUGAAACAACAGAAAAUAAAGGAAAAUCACAGCCAGUCAUGCAUCCAUGAAAAGAGAAACAGACUUUUUCUUUCCACAAGUGCUGUCUGACCUGGUGAAUUUUCUCAGCAUUUUCUUUGUUUCAGUUGUGCAAUGUUUGGUUAAAUCAAAUUUUGAUUUUCGGCACUAUAUUUCAGAAAAUGAGUAUUAACUUUAGCGGACUCUUAAUGUGGUUCAACUUAGAUUCACAGAACUAUUCAUGUGCGUAAUGUAAUACAAUUUGUUCCGUAUCAGGCGCAUGGACCUGAUAAUGUAUCAUUGGCCAUCUUCAAUGGCCAAGCAUACCCAGUUGCUAGUUCUAGAAUAUGAAAGGUUACUCAUUUGUAAAGAACUAUACAGUGAACGCAUUGUGGCUUCAAAGGGGAUGAAAAAAAGCUGUUUAACUUAGCCUAAUUUAUUUAAAAUCGAUGGCUUGACUGUGUACCCAAUUCAAUCAAUGGAAGUUGGAUGGCAAAAGAAAGGAAGCACAGUGGCGUGUUACAAAGAAACAAAAACAGAUACACACAAUGACCAAUAAAAAAGGAGUGGGUGAUCAUAGAAUCAUACUGCAUAGAACCUUUCUCUUACCGCCUACCUCAUCCAUGCUAACCUUGUGUCCUAUCUAUGCUAAUCUCAUUUCACCGCAUUUGGCCAUAUCUCUCCAAACGUUUCCUAUCCAAGUACAUAUCCAAAUGACUUUUAAAUGUAAUGGAUUCUGUCUCUACCACCUUUGUGACCACUCAUGUUUACCAUCCUCUGUGUGGUGAAACCGCUCCCUUGAAUCUCCUGUAAUAUACUCCCCUCUCGCCUUCAAACUUGCCCUCCAGCUCUAAACACCCUGUCCUCAGAAAAAAGAUUUGGACUAUCUAUCCUUUCUAUGCCUUUUUAUAAUUUUAUAAACCUCUAUAAGGUCAUCCUUUAGCACCUUAUGUUUCAGUGAGAAUAAACUCAACAUCCAAUCUCUCCUAUAACUACAGACUGCCAUUCCGUGCAACAUCCUGAUGAAGUUAGGAAUACCUUAAUCAUUUUUUAAUGCACACUUUGAACUUUGAAUCGCUGAACUUUGAAUCACUGAUGCAAUUUGGUAUUAUUCAUUGGUUACUUUAAUUGUUCAUUGGUUUCUUUGUUUCCAGGUGAUGCGCUGGAUAGAUCAUGUCUGAGGUACAAGCAACUGUUGAGUUCUCAGUUGAGCUGCACAAAUUCUACAAUGUGGACCUUUUUCAAAGAGGAUAUUACCAGGUGCGUGCAGCACUGAAAGUCCCACCCCGAAUUCCUCACAGGCUGACUGCAACACUGACAGGUCCCACAGGUGAUUCAUUCACCAAUCCACCCUUCAUUCAUGACAACACGGUUUACAGUAGGAUAUUUCAGAUCAUGUAUAGAAAUGAAGAAAUCGUGGUGAACAGUCCCAGUCUCUUCAGGGUGCACCUCUUGUUGGAUGGAGAAAGGGUGGAAGAGGCAUUAAAUGAAGUGGACUUUCAGUUGAAGCUCGAUCUGCAUUUCACAGACUCUGAACAGCAAUUGAGUGAAAUUGCAGGAAUACCUUUGAUCAGUAGCCGAAGGCUGGGUCUUCACUUCCAUCCCAGAAGGGGUUUGCACCAUCAUGUACCCGUCAUGUUUGACUACUUCCACCUCUCGGUCAUAUCCAUCACUGUGCAUGCAUCACUUGUUGCAUUGCACCAACCCUUGAUAAGUUUUCCUCGCUUGGGCAAAGGCUCAUGGCUGAGUAAAGGAGGUCAGGAGGUGGAACCUGAUACUUCUAAUGUAACUCUCGAAAGCCUAGUGCUUGGACCCAGUUAUUACAAGCAACUCACAGUUGAGGGAAAUACUGCCGUCACUUCUGAGAGUUGCUUGCAGCAGGCGUACCGAUGGCACGAAACAAUGUGCCGAAUUUUACUCUCUGCCUACAAAGGACUUCUCUGUUAUUUCAGUGCAAUAAUGAAGCAGGUCCCUGAACUGCAUCAGAUUCAGCUGGAGGACUGCCUCAUAGACGAGACUCUUACUCAGCUUUGUGUUAACGUGCAGAUGGUUAACAACCCGGAUAAAGUGGUAGAACAGAUCAGCAAGGACCUGUUGCAGCUCUGCUCCUGUCUUGUAGCUCUGUGGAACCAGUUCCGCAACACCACAACUCUCCAGGCAGAUGUAACAGCGUUCUUAUGCCAAGACCACCACAGUCUGAGGGUAAGAAGAUUCUCAGAGGCCUUCUUCUAUAAAGAACACCAGAAACAGAUGGCACUUACAUUCCAGGAACACAUAAUCCAAAGUCAUAGUCAGAUUGCAGCAGCUAUCAGAAAUUCAUCCUACCUCACCAGCAUGCCCCCAUUGCCAAUCGAGUGCCUGGACAUAGAUGGAGACUGGAGUAAUCUUCCUAUUAUAUUUGAAGACAGAUAUGAAGAAUCGAUUUCCAAAGCAAACCACAAAGUUGACAGCGGCACAUCCAACAAGGAGGUGGGAACUGAGCUUAACCAUGUAUUGGACACUCGCCUUUCAGAGUUUUCAAAUUUACCAGCUGCAAUGAAACAGUGCCAGCAAGUGCAAAAUAGUGGCUCUGCUUCUGAUGCCUUGAUGCUUACGACAAGAAUGCCCGGAUCACAACUUCUGAAUGAAACUGUUUCCUUGGGAACGAUGUACAACUCUGUGGAUUUGGCUGCUUUUGUCAGCCAAGAAUAUGACGAACUCAAUGAGAUUGAAAUCAAAAGCAUUCAGAGCUUAGAGGUGGACAGGUUUGUUGGACAAAGUCAAGGAGAACUCUCAACAAUCUAUGAACAUCAGAUUGAAUCACUCAGAUUUAAUGAAAUUUCAACAGGUUCUGACCAGCAAGAAAAGGUUUCUGAAUCUGCAAAUGCAGCAUUACUCAAACAAACGGAGACAGCUUCAGACUUGACAUAUAUUGAAAGGAUCCUCAGAAACAAGGAUCCUUAUCAAGGAGAUGCAGUGUUAGUUUGUUCUUCAAGUAUAACAGAUACAAAUGAAUCAUCCCUAUCUAACGACUAUGAAGUUAGUGAAAAGGAGGAACUUAAUGAACUGUUACAUCCUGCAGUGAGCUCUGAACAUGUUGACAGUGAGUCCGUCGAUCAAGGAUCUGUGAAAAGAAAAGUUGAGAAUGCUGACUUUCCUGUUACCUCUGAGGUUAUGAAACGGUCCCUUUCAAUUAUAUCUGACUCUGGCAUUGAGAGCGAGCCCAGCUCAGUGGCUUGGCCUGAGAUACGCAAACCACAGGAUUUAUCUUGCGACCGUGACCUCAUGCAACAGAUAGUCAGGGCGCAGGCGAACCAUAGGAACUCGCUGGAGGGUGGUCAGACAGAGAGCGGCACCAGCCUGCCUAGCGGCAUUCAGGCUUCCUUAACAUCGAUCAGCUCGUUGCCUUUUGAAGACGAAGAAGAGGUGGAACUCAGCAAACUGACAAAAUCAGUCUCAGCCCCGCAAAUCAGUAGCUCUGAUCAGUUGGGAGGAACUCCUGACUCAUUAGCACAUAAUCAAACAGCGGAUGAAAGAGACUGGGCCUGGGGAUAUUCCACAGAAAAGGCAGAGGGAGGCGAAGAUGAAACAGAUGAGACGCAACGAGACAGCAGCAAUGUUUUUGAUUCCCCUGCCGGUAAAGAGAUCCCACAAAACAGCCCAGAAGCAUUGCCGCCGAAUGAUGAUUGUACAAAGGUUUCUGAGAAAAGCUCCAGUGAGACAGUGGGAAAGAAUCAGAGGACAUCCGAUAAAGUGAAUGGUAAUUGCCGCUAUUGUGCGGAUGCAUUUGAUGCGAACGGGCCUAACGAUAGCACAGACCAUGCUGUUAAGGAGCUUAUGUGCAAGACGGUGAAUUUCAGUGAGUUAUUAGAUAGAAGCAGUAUUACAUAUGAUCCUAACAAUCAUUCAGAGAUUGAACACUCACUAUUUACCCUUUCUCAAGGGGUCCAGAAUGACCAGCCCGGGACGUUUGGUGACAUCAUGCCAAACGGUGAAUUUGAGCCGGAUGGUGGCGGAGAGCUGUCCCCAUGUAAAGCAACUUCUCAGCCUGAGUCAACAGAUGCUUUGGAGGCAACCACAGCAACUUUUAGUGAUGUGAUUUUGAAUGAUCGAUUGUGUCCUGAAGAACUACAUGAAGAAAAGGUGGAGAGUGGAAUGAAGACGGAUCAGCACUGUGAAGGCCUUACCCAGUUACAUGAUGAGCUCGGGGGAGAGAAGAAGCCAGGUAGUAACAAUGACGGUGAACUUGAGCCCCUAGUUGAUGGUGGAAAUUCUUCUGGAACCAGCACCUCGGGCAUGGCGUUUGAUAAAAGGAACAUAGUUGAGGUUGUGAAUCUCUCUGUUUCAUGCACAGCUACGUGUCUGCCGUUUUCCUCCAUGCUUAGGGAUUCUCCGGUUGCCUUUCCUUCAAAGCAAACGGCGUCACCCAUCACGAGGCAGCCCAUGGGCUCUUUUGGGACUAAUUCACAGGACAACGACGCAGAAACCAAUGAGAGAAUGGUGAGUUUUGUUCAGGCCAAAAAUGAGUUGUUAAAGGGACUAAAGUUUGAAGGCAUGUUGUACAGUGACUUGCCAUUUCUGGCUUCCGAUCUUCCAUAUUUCACCCCAGAAGAGGAGGAAGAGAAUUUCGAGGAAGGAAUCCACCUGGUGGUCUGUGUUCAUGGAUUGGACGGUAACAGCGCAGAUCUCCGACUCGUCAAGACGUUUAUUGAACUGGGGCUUCCGGGUGCCAAGUUGGAUUUCUUAAUGUCUGAAAGGAACCAGAGUGACACCUUUGCUGAUUUUGAUACAAUGACGGAUCGCCUCUUGGAUGAGAUUGUUCAACAUAUCCACCUCUACAAUCUGACGAUAUCUAGAAUAAGUUUCAUUGGCCACUCAUUGGGCAACAUCAUCAUUCGCUCGGUGCUGACACGACCAAGAUUCCGGUGUUACCUCAGCAAGCUGCACACUUUCCUGUCACUCUCUGGGCCACAUCUGGGAACAUUAUAUAAUAACAGCACACUGGUUAGCACAGGGCUCUGGCUCAUGCAGAAACUGAAAAAGUCCAGCUCACUGUUGCAACUAACCUUCAAGGACCAAACCGAUCCUCGCAAGACUUUUUUGUAUAAACUCAGUGAGAAACCAGGGCUGCAGUACUUCAAGAAUGUUAUGUUGGUGGCAUCACCACAAGACCGAUAUGUUCCUUUUCAUUCUGCCCGGAUUGAAAUGUGUAAGACCGCACUGAAAGAUAGACAGAUUGGUUGCGUUUACACCGAGAUGAUUAACAACCUUCUUCGGCCGGUGACAGAAGCUGAUGACUGUACCUUGAUCCGCUACGAUAUUUUCCACGCAUUGCCAAACACUGCCAAUGCAUUAAUUGGCCGGGCAGCCCACAUUGCCGUCCUCGACUCUGAACUGUUCCUGGAAAAAUUCCUUCUGGUGGCUGGGCUAAACUACUUCAAAUAGCAUCUCCAGUUCACUCUUGGCACCCGAUGGUUCACGUGAAAACAUUUCCAGAGGCUUUCUUGUGGGAGAGCAUGGGUCGGGUCGGUAUUGAUUUGUUUCUCCAUACAUCCAUACACUAACCCAUACAAUCAAAAUGAUUAUGUUGUAAAUAUUACCAAAAGAAAUAUACUUCUGAGAUUAAGUUUAUCUAAAAACUGCUUUCCUGCCUUAAAUUCACAGAAGUUAUCACUAGGCUUUCUAUGAAAUACAACUUGAAUGGGCAAUUUUAAUUUAUGUUCUUAUCUACUGUUGAAGCAUUAAAUGUCUGUUGCCCUAUGGAAAUGAACAUUUGUUAUUUGGUCCCCCUUGAACUGAAAUCAGCACCAAAAUAGUUUAUUGGAUUCUCUACACAUAAUUUUGAGUUAUUCCAAUGUGUAGUGUAUACAGCCUGCAAUGUGCCUGUAUCAGUUUUAGCCCAAGUUUCUCUGCAAAAGCCUUCUCUAUCACAGUGGCACAUUUUAGCAAGAGCAACUUCAUGCAGUGUCGAGAGACAGUUAGAAUGAUGUGUGAAAUAUAAUCGCACUACGACAUGCUUAUCGUGGGAUUUGUGUGUUACCGAGUUUGCACACACUGAUAUCCAAUCUUUGCAGCACUGUGUGAUUUGAGAUUGGAGCAAAAUGUGUUCAUGAUCUCAACAUGUUCAGAUAACUAGCAAUGCGGAAUCUCACCUCAAUGUGGUCAUUAUUGGUAUUGGUUUAUUAUUGUCACACGUACUGAGAUACACUGAAAAUCAUACCAUUGCUAUCCAGGCAUAUCAUACAAUACAUAAACAUAUCAAUAGUGCAAUAGAAAAAAAAAUCAAACUACAGAAUAUAAUGUUAAGGCUACUGUGAAAGUGGAGAUUUUAAAAAGUGCAAGGACUGCAAAGAGGUAGAUUAGAAGAUCAGUAAUUCAUCCCUGGGAGGUCCACUUAAGAGUCUGAUAACAGCAGGGAAGAAGCUGUCCUUGAAUCUGGUGGUAUGUGCGUUCAAGUUUUUGUAUCUUCUGCUAUUUGGGAAAUGGAAAAAGAGAGAAUGACCAGGGUGCAUUUGGUUCUUGACAUUGGCUGUUUUCCCGAGGUAGCGUGAAGUAUAGAUGGGGUUGUUGCAGGUGGCGUGGGACGGGAGGGGGGCGGUGGAUGGGCGAGGAAGCUGAUUUGUGUGAUAGACUAGUUUGUGUUUCAACUCUCUGCAAUUUCUUGUUGUUUUCGGCAUUAAAAAAAACAAAUACAGGAAAAAAUUAAUAAAGCAACACCUCACACCCCCUCUGCACAUCUGAGGCUCCUGUGUGUGAUGACUGGCCUUGAGAACUCGAGAGUCAUGACAUUGCCUGCACCAUGGGGCCAGGAUCUCUCUCUCUCUCCCCGAAGGUGAAGAUCUACUCUAACCGUCAAAGCAUGCGUUUAUAUAAUAAUUGUAUCCCUAAGAACAACAGGUAACUAUGUGUCAUAUCUAGCUAUCCUCCUUUGCGCCAUAAUGGCAUGAGUUAUUUGUCCAAUCAAACAGCAAACUAGUCUCGGAUGUCUCAAGGAAGGCAAAAUCUCAUCAUAGUGACCUUGCAGGUGGCCUCAUGAUUUAUUGGUCCCUUCAAGUUAGCCGAAACAUUUAUCUAAAAAAUCUUCUGGCUUUUGUGAGCAUGGUUUGAAAUGAGGUACUGCUAAUUCAACCAUUACAUUACUUUCAAAUGCGUACUAUGCUGAGAACUAUAUUGUGCACUCUGUAUCUUCCCCUUUGCUCUAUCUAUUGUACUUAAGUUUGACGAUUGUAUUUAUGUAUGCUAUACCUGAUCUGUUUGGAUGGGAAGCAAAACAAAACAAUAUAUCUCGAUAUACGUGACAAUAAUAAACCUAAACCCUUAAACUGAGCAGGGAAACACUUCCUGCAUAAUUUCUAUCCUACUCAUUCAGUUUCUUCAGUACAUUAAAUUUGCUCUGUCAUGUUGAACUCCAAAAGGGAAGAACAGGAAGAACUGACAAUUAAAACAAGCUGUCCUUUUGGGGGGGAGAGUAGCAUACUGAUGUAAAGGAAACUGCUGGAGGAACUCAGCUGGUCAGGCAGGAUCUUUGGAGGGAAAUGGACAGGUAUUGUUUCAGCUCAAGACCCUUCUUCAGAUUCAUCAGUCCAUUUCCCACCACGGAUGGAUGCUUCCUAACCUGCUUAGAUUCCCCAACAGUUUGUAGUUUACUCAAGAUACAUGCAUCUGCAGUUUCUUAUGUCUCCAAUAGCAGAUUGACAUCUGGUAGUUCUUCAUUUGUGUGGGAAUCUGCAGGUUGCUCAGAGUUAUUCCCGGGAAUGUCAGUAGGCUUGUGCAUGUAAAUGUAGAUAAUUCCCUGCAAUAUCUGGACUACUAUAUUUUUGUUGUUGUUUUCAAAUGUUAACAAAGACAGAAAGUUAUAAGCAGUCUCAUGGCUGCAAAUGUCCAGUUUAACUACAAUGCAAAGUCAAGAUCUAGCUACUGAAAAAUAAAUUAGUGUUACAACUUAUAAGACAUUGGUGAAGAAAAAUAUUUAUCAUUUCUAAAUGACUAAAAAUGUUGAUAGACUUAAUUAAAAAACUGACUUUGUUAUUUUGGAGAAACUGAACUUGAACGAGUGGAUCACAGUGAGAGCAGAAAGCUUGGGGAAGGAGUUGAGAAAAUCACGGAUCACUCCGUGAAAGACAUGGAUCAACAAAGGGGAAGAUAUUUCAUCUGGUUGAUGGGUGCGUAGAGAAGGGUUGUGUAUCAAGAUUUGCUAUCAAUGCUGCAAAUUCACUUUCUUACAUUAACCUGCUAAAUCUAUGAUACCUCCUAUAGCAAAUUGAUGACCACAUCUCUUCCCUUCAGUCACCAGGUUUCUGAGUCUGAGAAAACUUGCGCAUUCAGAUUCAAAUAUUAUUACUACAGACAGUUGUGUUAAAAUAUUUUUAUGAGGACUUCCACCUCCCUACCUUCCAAUUAUCUGGAAAUCUGUUGAUUGCUCACCUCCCAUCUGUUGCCAUGCAUAGGUUGGAAAUGUUACAAUCCUGCUAUCAAAAAAUGUAGCAAGUACGCCAGUCUUGUGUAGCAUUUCCAGCCCCCUGUGGUACCACUAUGAACAUCUUUGAAGGGCAGCAAUCAAAGAUUGAUUCUGAAGCUACAGUACCGGUGGAGAAAUUAUUGAAUAUUCAGUUUUGGUUUGAUUAUGUUGUGUUUGGGACAUCCUUCUGUAAAUGAUUGAAGUGCCAUAUCCUGAUUCAGUGUUAUUUGCUAUUAAAUGUACCCAUAAGAUGAUUGUGUACUGCCUAUAUGCACUAUUUAUCUUUCAUGAAUAAUGAAUAUUUACAUAGUAUGGUAUAUUAAUCCUGACAGUAUUUGAAAUUGUACAAGUAAGAAUGUAAAAUCCUGUUUAUAAAUUGCACCUUCAAAUGUGUUUUUUUUUUAACUGAAAUGACAGGGUAGCAAAAGAUGUGGACAUAAUAUAUACUCUAGAACAGUAUGUUAUCUAGAUGUUAGUUAGUUUGGGGCAAUCAUAUUUGUGCAAUAUGAGUCUGUGGUUGACUAAUGCUUGCAACUGACAUUGAAAUGUGCCGUCUCUCUGGGUAUCUUUAGGUUAAUCAAAAUACGUAAAAUGUACACAAAGUAUUUUUCUACUCGCAAAGUAAGUCCCAUGCCACUAUAUUUUACCGGUUGUUUAGCUCCCUUCCUCUUCCAGCAUAAAUAAUUCUCCUUCUGCUUCAUUUUGAAGAUCAUGCCAAUACACCAGGAGGAAUCCUGGAAAUAUGAAAUUAAACCCAAAAGCUACUGGAAAGGGUUGAAAGAAAACCGAUACAAUGGCUAAUUUUAUCAUCACAUGUUUGUUAAACUGCCAGAUUGGAUAUACCACAUAUUAUUUAUUCAAAUUGAAUUCAGGCACAAUUUAUAGUGAUAUAUUGUACAAUGGACAGACACAUUCACUCUACCAAAACUAGUUCUGAGAAAUAAAAUUCACCAAAGUAUUCCUCGUGGAUUCUUUGUGAAAUCUCUUAAUUUCUUUCUGAUCAAUCUAAUGAAGACAUGGGCAAUGGAC